CAGUGGGUGGCAGAAAAGCAAUACGGUCACGAGUGUCACGCGCUCCGCAAUCGUUAUCAGGUUGCCGCCAACGUCCACGACAACGACAACGCUAGUAACCAGGCUGUGUUUCCCUUACUAGGCGAUAAAAAGCUGGUUCAGUUUGCAGUUCAGUAUGACUGAAACAGUAGCUGGCCUACCUUCCGACCCAAACAACAUGACUGCCACGACUCCAAGUGCCAAGGGCUCCCCUUCAGUCUCGCAAAUCGACGCAGAAAUACUCCAGCAUGAAGAGGCAGUCAGGGACCUCAAAUCGCAGCGGAAUGCCCUCGCGCCCAUCUCCAAGCUCCCUCCCGAAAUGCUCUCCAGAAUAUUUCUCUUCGUAUCCUAUCCUCAUGGAUCCUACAAGUCACUUUUGUGGAUCAAUGUUUCCCACGUCUCGCAGCAUUGGCGCGCCGUUGCACUCGGCUUUCCAGCCUUGUGGAGCUCGCCCCCCUUCACGACUCCUGCUUGGGCCCAUGAAAUGCUUAAACGAUCAAAGAUGGCCCCUCUGACCAUCGUCGCUGACCUCACCUACAUGACCCCAAAAAUGCUUGCCGCGUUCGACAAUGCCAUGAAGCAAGUCGAUCGCUCCGCCGAACUCAGCCUUACCGGUACUAAAAACAUGGAGAAAUAUCUCACUGGCAUAACGAAGCGUGCACCUUUCCUCACCAAGCUUUGUAUUUCCCAGGUUUACAUUCGCUACCACGAAGUCGAAGAGAAGAUCGUCCUUCCCGAUAAUUUCUUAGAUGGUCAAGCCCCACGGUUGCGUCAUCUCGACCUCAAUCGGUGUCAAGUACACUGGGAUUCUGCUCUAAUGCAAAAUCUCACUUACCUCAAGAUAGUGGAACCAGGUGAUUUCAGACCCACUAUUUCUCAACUCGUCGAUGUGCUCGAACAGGUGCCUUGGCUUGAGACACUUGAUUUAGAACAUGCUCUGCCCAUUGUUUCCGAAACUACCAAAACUCUACCCAGUCCCUCCCAUAUUAUAUCCCUGCUUCAUUUAUCACAGAUUUGCCUUACCUCGACCGUUCUUGAAAGCGCUAACCUCCUGAACCACAUCGAUUUCCCCUCCACGGCGACGAUGCGGCUCAUCCUAAAUGGCACCAAAGGGACAGGAGCGGAUUUCUCCUCGCUUGUACCCACGAUCUCCAAGUCACGGACAUUCGUCGACAUCUCUUCCGACAAGACCCUGAAAGGCGCCCCUUUCAAGGUGCUAUCAUUGACGAGUGUGUAUCCGAACGACGUUCGCUUUUCCGCCUAUACUAUCUCAAAUUCCUUCGCUAAUUGCGUGCAAUUUGCUCCGCCGGCUCUCGAAUUGCAGCUUUCAUGGCGACCCGACUCAUUUGGCACAAAAGAGCAAGUUACACAAACCAUUUGCCGAGCUUUACCACUUGCCCAGCUCCGAGUCCUCCGCGUCUUCGAUCCCGAGUGCGAUUUCAAACAUACCACCUGGAUAGACCUGUUUGGUUCUUUACCCAAGCUGCAGAAAAUUGAAUUAGCGGGUGCCACAAAGAUUUUCACCAGGGCCCUGAGCGAGAUCAGGCCACCAUCGGUCGUAGAUGCAGAUCAAGGAUACAAUCUGCGGAAGAAGGGACAGACGCCUGAUAGCGUUUACUUUCCCCGCCUUCGCAGCCUUAUUCUCACAGGCGCGGACUUUGCAGAUCUUGUGGACAUGUUUUUGGACAUGUUGAUGGUGCGGGCAGAGUGUGGGACGGAGGUGCAGGAGUUGUCCUUGGAAGACUGUGCUCAUCUGUACGAAGAAGAUGUAGGGCAUCUGGAAGAGGUGGUCGUGGAGCUUGUGUGGGAUAAUCGAGUGCAGGAUAGCGAGAUGUAUGAUAGCGAUGAGGAUGAUGGGUUCUCGGAUUCGCUUGAUGAUGAGUAUGGACACAACGUCUUUCCAUUUUUUGAUAUGUAUGAUGAUGUUGAUUGGUACCCACCAUUUUAAAUACUUUCUGCGAACAUGGUUCUUGGGCUACCGUUACAGCUAUUUCCUUGCUUUUGGAUUAGGCGUGCUUCUAUAUCUUGUGGUCACAUAUAAAUUUGAAAUGUACAUUACGCUCCGUUGUUUGCC